AUGGCCUCGCUGCCUUAUCGUCGCUCCUCUCGCCAGGCUUCCAGUGACCCUCGCGAAGAGCUCCAAGUUCAUCAGGAUCACUUCAUUGGCAUUGACGUUGGCACCGGCAGUGCUCGUGCCUGCAUCAUUGAUGUCAAAGGCGACAUUGUGGGAUUGGCUUCUGAGAACAUUGGUCUCUGGCAACCCGAGCAAGGCUAUUAUGAACAAUCCACCUCUGAUAUCUGGCGCUGCAUUUGUGCUGCCGUGAAGCGCGCCAUCAGCCAACACAAUAUCAGCCCCGAGACGGUACGGGGAAUUGGGUUCGAUGCAACCUGCUCCUUGGCCGUCUUCGCCAAUGACACCGACGAACCCGUUUCUGUGACAGGGCCGAACUUCGACUCGGACCGCAACGUGAUCUUAUGGCUGGACCAUCGGCCCGUUGAAGAGGCCGCCAAAAUCAAUGCCACCAACCACAAUUUACUUCGCUAUGUCGGUGGGAAAAUGUCCAUUGAGAUGGAAAUUCCCAAGGUGCUCUGGCUGAAAAACCACAUGUCCAAGGAACUCUUUGACAGGUGCAAGUUCUAUGACCUGGCAGAUGCUCUCACCCACAUUGCCACUGGGAACGAAAAACGAAGCUUUUGUAGUGUGGUCUGCAAGCAAGGGUAUGUCCCCGUUGGCGUCGACGGGAGUGUCAAAGGGUGGCAGGAAGAUUUCUUGGAGGAGAUUGGCUUGGGUGAUCUGAAGGAGGAUAAUUUCAAGCGAAUGGGCGGAGUCGACAUGGUGAAUGGCGAUUAUUUGAGUGCUGGUGAGCUGGUGGGCAUUCUGUGUGACAAGGCGGCCGCCGAGCUGGGCUUGCCCGCCGGUAUCGCCAUUGGCAGCGGCGUGAUCGAUGCGUACGCCGGUUGGAUCGGCACCGUUGGCUGCAAGGUCGAUCUGGGCCCUGAUCAAUUGUCCACAGAGGUAGCCAAGAAUGAUAAAUCGCAGGCGUUCUCCCGCCUGGCGGCCGUGGCAGGAACCUCGACCUGCCACCUUGCCAUGUCUCCCAACCCCGUCUUUGUGCCCGGGGUCUGGGGCCCUUACCGGGACACUAUUGUUCCCGGGUACUGGAUGGCCGAGGGUGGACAAUCGGCUACCGGGGAACUGCUCAAGCAUGUCAUUGAAACCCACCCGGCUUUCAAUCAAGCCAUCUCUAUCGCCGAGUCAUACCAUAUCAAUAUAUACGACUAUCUGAAUGAGCACCUCAAGGAGAUGGUGCACGAUCGGGAAGCCCCGUGCGUGGCAUAUCUGGGCCGUCAUUUCUUCUUCUAUGGCGAUCUUUGGGGUAAUCGCUCCCCCAUAGCCGACCCUAACAUGACCGGAUCUAUUUUUGGCUUAACGAGUGAUAACACCGUGGAUGGUCUCGCCAUAUACUACUACGCUACUCUCGAGUUCAUUGCGCUACAAACCAAGCAGAUUAUCGAGACCAUGAAUAAAGCCGGCCACAACAUCACUUCGGUCUUUAUGUCGGGGUCACAAUGCCAGAAUGAUAUUUUGGUGGGGCUUAUUGCGUCUGCCUGCGAUAUGCCGGUGCUAAUCCCUCGAUACAUCCAUGCGACUGUAUGCCACGGUGCGGCCAUGCUGGGUGUCAAAGCUGCCAGUACAGAUUCCCAGGGCAAGACUGAGGACCUAUGGGAGAUCAUGGAUCGGAUGAGCAAGCCCGGCAGGAAGGUGGUGCCGAGCGACAACGUCAAGGAGAAAGCCCUUCUCAACGCUAAAUAUGAAGUCUUUCUGGAGCAAUGCUUCAAGCAGCAGAAAUACCGGCAGAUGGUUGACGAGGCGUGGAGCUCGAGCUGA